UUUCCGAUAUAUGUUACAGAGUUCUACACAAUUAAAGUGAAGGAGCAUGAACGAUUUGUUUGUGAGGUGAAAUGCCUGCUCGGCUCCUAUGGCAGAGAUCUUCAUAUAACCGUGAAACAGAAGAUGAAAGUUGCAUGUAUCCUCAAAUAUAGAAAACAGAGUGAUUCAGUUUGGAUGCAAACUCCAAAACUUGUUUUCCUCUGAAUGAUGUGACAGUAACCAUGGAAAGAAUAGUAUCAGGCCAAAGACUUGUUCCAAAGUUGAGGGACAUAAGGAGUUCAGACAAUUCUGAUGAAGGUGGCUUUGAGUUAGAUCAAACUGGUGAAACUGAGACUUGCACUUCCACAGGCUCAGAUGCACAAGAUGAUAUGUCCUCUCUCACAACCAUGGCUGGGGAUGUCCAAAUGUUCACCAAGAGGCCUUGGCGGCAGAACAAGGUCAAGAUAAUGGAGAACAUCUGGUGGCAGAGCCAGGUCAAGAUGAUGGAGAACCUCUGGUGGCAGAACCAGGUCAAGAUGAUGGAGAACCUCCGGUGGCAGAACCAGGUCAAGAUGAUGGAGAACAUCUGGUGGCAGAACCAGGUCAAGAUGAUGGAGAACCUCUGGUGGCAGAAGGAGGUCAAGAUGAUGGAGAACCAACACCACAACAGGAUCCCUUCUAAGGCAGAUGAAAAGAAUGACAGAGAUGACUCGGGCUGUGUGUGUAAUUCAGAAAACAUCCAAUCUUUCCAUCACUGACACUAGUGAACUGGCGAGGAUAUAUGCUCUCCUAUGAGUGAUGAGUGAUAAGAACAUCUGAGUGACUAUGAUGUACUUCAGCUGAAACACUGAGACCUGCCAUAAUCUGAAGGGAAGUGGGGGUUUUGAUUUAAAAUAUAUAGCACAAUCUUUUAAAAACAAAAUUAAAAGAGAAAAAAUGUCCUAUUUGUUUACUGUUGGAUGAUAAAAGGAAAACUGUUCGGCUCCUUAAAUGUGUUGAAAAAUGCAUGAGCAAAACAAGAGCAUACUGUCU